AUAAAAACUAUAGAAAGAUGCGGCGCCAUGGCAUCAGAUGUGGACGCAUAUGAAACGCCUAUCGCACGCCUCCAAAGUCAACUCGACGAGCAGUUUGACAGCACAGAAAACAGAUGUGGGCGUUGGCCAUCAUCACCUGACAGCAAACAACAUUACAACAGCCACAACAACAACAACAACAAAACCAACACAAAUAGGAACAGCAACCACAACAAUUAAUGGUGACACAGGCACAGGCAGAGGAACUAUGCCAGGGAAAUGCAUAUUAUUCCCGGAUAAGACGUCCUCACUGAAAAGUUCCAUGUAUACGCAACAGGUGUACUUCAGGCCCGAUAUGCAAUCGCUGCUAGCGGGUCGCAUACCUGUGGCCUCCAUGACGGGGCCAAUUAAACGCGGACUGCUGUGGCAGCAACGGGAUCGUCUCUUCUCGCGCUGGAAGGAAAGAUAUUUUGUGCUCACCCGCGACUAUUUGCAUUGCUUUAAACGUGCCUCGGGCUCGGCCAAUGAACGUGCCUCGGAUAUGGGACAAUUUAUAUUUAAGGUCAAGCUGGUCGACGUGGAGAAGGUGGAAUGGCUCAAUAGACGCUCGUAUAGCGCCAUUGGGCUGCUGCUGGGACGCGAGGGUCGGGUGCUCUUGCGCUGCGACGAUGGCCUCGAGGAUUGGUUUGAGCUGCUGGAAGAAUGCACGCUGACCUCCAAAGAGCGUCGUCGCGCGCUGAAGAUCGCCCAGGGUCCCAGAUCGCGCGCCUCUCUGGCCGCACCCGUCUCGCAUGCCUCGCUGCAGUUCCAGCACUUUGGCCUGGGCAGCACCUAUUCCAGCGCCCUGGACGAUUGGCUGAUGACGAAUGGCUCGGCGAGCGGCGGCGGCGGCGGCCUGGCRCGUCAUAAAAUCGGCGCUGGUAGCCUAAAUGGCUAUGCGGGUGCCAAUCCAUUUCUGUUCAGCGAUUCUGUGCCCGAUCUGAGUGCCCUCAACAAUGAGAAUCAUAAUCAUCAUUUGAGCGGCAUCUCAACGAAUCACUCCACACCGCAAAAAAUUCCGCAUCACAGCAAUGCAAAUCUCAGUCGUUACUCGAAUGGCUAUGCCUCGGCGCAGAACAGCUUCACCCAGGCUGGUGGCGUCUUGUAUGGCUCGCCUCGACGGAUUUUCAUCAACAGCAGCUUCGGUUCCAAUCAGGUGGUCGACGAGGAGACCGCCGAGGAGGCUGAGGUGCAGUUGCGUCGCCCCAGACUUUUCCGCGGCAUCAGCGCCCAACCGGACAAUGGCAAUGAACUGGACAGAGAUUGGCUCUAUCGCAAACCUCGUGCGCCCACCGAUAUGCGCCAUUCAGUUCAACCCAUGCUGCCCACUCACAAUGCGAAUGGCGGCAGCACUGCUGGCCUGGCCAACAACAAACAGGAGCUGGACUGCUCGGCCCAUGAUAGUGGCCUGGACACGCCUCCAUCUACACACCGCCCCUCCAGCUAUCGCGAGGCCGCAAGUCGCGACAGCACCGAAACGAAUGGCAGUUCAUCACGUGGCACGCUGCUCAACAAUUCGCCCGGCGGCAGCUUCCGCGCCAAGAAGCUGAGCGCCCAGGUGAACAAUCUGAAUCAGUUGAACGCGUUGCACGGCUCGCGCUACUCAGUGCAGGAUCAGCGCAUACUGAAGAUGCGCAACAAUGAGGAGGAGCGCUGUGCAUCCAUUAAGUUGGCCAAUCGUCUCAAUCAUAAUCACGAGCAGAACACCAAUACCAACACCAACGGCACCUAUGACCCCAAUCAGAAUCGCUACUAUAAGAAUGGCAAUGCCACGCCCCCCAUUUCACUAACGCCCCAGCAUACGCCACAGCACAAGAUCAUGCACCAUCACAGCAAUGGCAAUGGCAACGGCAACAGCGGCACGCUCAACGGCAACGCCGGCUCCGCCAUGAACGGAUCGGCCAUAUUCCGGGAGCGUUAUCAGCAUCCAGCUCUGGCGGCCAUCAUCAACGAGGCCCAGGGCCUCAAGUUUCGAGAACGUGCCCAUUCGGAUAGCCAACAACGUCGACUGAACAACAACAACAACGGACCGAUGCCAGUGCCCGCCUCCCCGCUGGCCCAGCGACGCAACAACGUCCCCAUCUUUGGAACACCCACGCGCGUAUAGCGGUUAAAAGUCUAAAUACUGAAUAUACAUAUAAAAUAAUAUGUAUGUAUGUCAUGUGAGAGGUGGUACGAACACACAUAAAUAUGCAUUACCAUUAGCCCAAUAUGUAGACUAAUGUUUAAGUGAAAUCAAAUUAUCAAAUUAGUCAACAUAUAAUACUUGAAUAAAGG